AUGUCCGGAGGUAGUGGCGGUAGCAGGAAUGAAUGCAGAAUAUACGUUGGUAAUCUGCCUCCAGAUAUUAGGACAAAGGACAUCCAAGACCUUUUUUACAAAUUUGGUAAAGUCACGUUCGUUGAUUUGAAGAACAGAAAAGGACCACCGUUUGCGUUCGUCGAAUUUGAAGAUCCUCGUGAUGCAGAUGAUGCAGUUCGUGCUCGCGAUGGCUAUGACUACGAUGGGUAUAGGCUGCGUGUAGAGUUCCCUCGUGGGGGCGGCGGUGGUGCGCGUGGAGGACGCUCGCAGCCCGAUCGCUUCGGGCCGCGUCCGGCAGCACGAGGCCCUCCAGCACGUCGCUCGGAGUACAGGGUGCUAGUCACAGGACUACCGCCAUCCGGCUCCUGGCAGGAUCUGAAGGAUCACAUGCGUGAAGCGGGAGACGUGUGCUUCGCAGACACUUUCAAAGACGGCACCGGUGUAGUGGAAUUCCUACGACACGAGGACAUGAAGUACGCCGUCAAAAAGCUGGAUGACUCGCGUUUUAGGAGCCACGAGGGGGAGGUGUCUUACAUCCGCGUUAAGGAAGACUACGGCAGUGGCGGCGGCGGCGGGCUGAGGGACAGAUCCCCUACAUAUCCGACCACGUCACCAUCGUACACUCGUCGGGGAUCUCCAUCAUACUCUCCGGUGCGGCGUUCUUAUUCGCGCUCACGUUCUCGCUCCCGUUCUCGCUCGCCUGUAGCCUCCCGCCCACGAAACUACUGA